AAAGAAAGAAACAGCUUCAUUCGGUAUCAGAAGAAGUUUCCACGAUCCAUGGUUGUUGUUGUCUCUGACUCUCUCACUCACUCACACGCAUCUUCUUCUCUUCUUCUCUUCUCAUUCCUCUCUCUGAUAAUUGAAGACCACACGCUUUCUUUCUCUUUCUGUUUGUUUCUUUCUUUAGGAAAAGUGAUUCCUGCACGGAAGCGAUUUCAUUGGGUUUUGCGGCGGUUUGACGGCGGUGAAGAUUUUCAGCUGAAACGGUGUGUUUUUGAAUUGGGUGUGAGCGAAAUGAAUGGGAUUGGUGGGAUUGGGAAUGGGAAUGGUGGAUUCAGCAGCUUGGAGAUGGAGUAUAUAAGAAGGCACCAUCGGCAUCAGCCUGGGGAGAAUCAGUGUGCCUCUGCGGUUGUUAAGCAUAUCAGAGCACCGGUUCCUCAGGUGUGGUCCUUGGUGAGGAGGUUUGAUCAGCCACAGAAGUACAAGCCGUUUGUAAGCAGAUGCAUUGUAAGAGGAAACCUUGAGAUUGGGAGUCUGAGAGAAGUUGAUGUAAAGUCAGGGCUUCCGGCUACUACAAGUACAGAGAGAUUGGAGCUCCUUGAUGAUGAUGAACAUAUCCUCAGCAUCAGGAUUAUUGGCGGUGAUCAUAGACUCAGAAACUAUUCCUCUAUCUUGUCCCUGCACCCAGAAAUUAUUGAUGGAAGGCCAGGUACACUGGUAAUUGAAUCUUUUGUGGUGGAUGUACCUGAGGGUAACACCAAGGACGAGACCUGCUACUUCGUUGAAGCCUUAAUUAAGUGCAAUCUCAAAUCACUUGCUGAUGUUUCAGAAGGGCUUGCCUUACAAGAUCGCACUGAACCAAUCGAUCAGAUAUAGGAGCUUAAGAUAAGAGACGUUGUUCAGAACUUAGCUGCCAUGAAUGAAGCUUCGGGGGCCUUCAUAUCUCGAAGGCUUACGAGAUGGACUGGUGGUGCUUGCUUCCAUUAAUUAUAGAGUAUCAGGGUUUGCUAUUCCAUUUGCUCUUUAGAUUACCCUUGUUAUAUAUGCUGGUUUCUCUCUUUAUUAGUAGUUAAAGAACAGUAUAUAAGACAGUUGACUGAAUCCAGUGCAGUAACAGAUGAAAGACCAGGCUCCUUGUAGAUGUCCAUUGUUUUUGUCUUUGUGGUAUGUUCUUUUUUGUAUAUAGGUGGUGGUGAAGCAUGGACUGUAGAAAUGUUUUGAUUAGUCAGUUGUAGUUUCUAAUUGUAGUAGCCUGAGGUUACUUAAUUCUUACAACAGAUUUCUAUAGUUGGUUUGUUUUUCUUUA